AUAUAGACAGAGUAGUUAGUACUGCGGACCGCCCGUAUCCUAAAACUUCGCACAGGAUAAAAACUCAACGCGAGCCCGAACAUCGGAUCAGUUUCGCAACGGUACUUCGAAAGUUAACAACUCCGAUGUAAUAGUUUCCGAACAUCAGACAGACUUCUUCUACGACACGAACUUACCAAAACUGGAUUCGAGACACGAACGAAAAAUUGUGCAUUAAUCAUUCGCUUCUUUGAUACAUUUAGUUUACACCUACGUUCACUUCUCUAAGAUAAUGGAGGUGGUGCGAUUGGGUUUAGCGGCGCUGGUGUUAGCUAGUGCGACGUUCGGUACUCAUCUCGAUCAAUACGUGCAGCAGGAUGGCAGCGGCGGCACUGGAAGCGGUGGCGUUGCUGCUGAAGCAACAGAUCAUCCCUCCAAUAGGCUCGACGACAUCCAUCAUCAUCGGUUCACGGCGCACGGCCCUCAACCGGAGUCCGUGCCGGAGCUUCAAGUUGGAUGCGAAGGGGACGAGCAGAAGGCGACGGCGACGAAGAAGAAGGCGGCGAAGCGCAGACGUCGCGGUUUCUACGAGUGGCAAGGGACGGUGGUGCGGGCGCCAUCGAACCCCAGCUUCACCGUUUGGCAGCCGCCCGUCUACCAGCUGAGCCGACCCUACUUCAUCCCAGUUUGGGGUUCGGAGGGUCGCCUUCCGGUCUACUUCCCACCGCAGCCGAUCCUCAUCAACUCGCCCUACCCGCCGCCAGAUCGUAAAGGCUACCUUCCGCCCAAGGGCUAUCUUCCUCCGGAUCCAGAAACUUCAUCGACAACGUCAAAACCGAUGAAGGGAGGCGACUCGAUCAUUCCGAUAGUCGACCGGAUCCUCGACGACGAUGCGCCCAUUUGGGACGUGGAGCCUGCAGCAGCGAAGCCCACGACGCCGGCACCAUCGAACAUGGUCCCAACUAGAAGGAGACGUCCUAAUUCGAGAACAACUCCACCACCGUUGGUGCACAGUUCAUCGAAUUCGAACGCGAACAGUCUAUCGCCGCAGCAGCAGAACGUGCCGCAGCAGAUUAGGCCACCGCAGGAGAGACCUUCGGUGAUCCCACCGCCGCCGUCUACACCACCUCGCCAGCAACCCAGCAGAUGCGUCUGGGCCAUCAUAUCCUGCUGCCAAGCCGGCACAGGCGAAGUCAGCACAAGCUGCUUCGAGCAGCUCGGGUGUCCAGGAGCUUUCUGGGACUCGAGCCCCUGCAACACUGACUUCGCCAAAGCGGCCAUCGACGUCGCCAUGAAAUACUACAACAACAAGUAAUUCUCUAACCCUAAGAGAAUACCAAAAAAAAAGAAACAGACUCAAAUCCACUUAAUUUAUUAUUUAUAAUUAAUCGUACAUGUAUAUAAUUAAUUAUCUGUGUGUAGCAAUAGUAAUAUUAUUCUUUAUUUAUACAACGCGAAGAGCGUCUCUUCGUGCAUACAUAUAUAUUUUAUUUUUAUAUUACUCUUCCCUUCGCAGCGAGGAACUUAUUAUGGAUGAUUAUUAUGUUUAAAUAUUAGUAUUAGUAUUAUUCUAUGUAUUAUUCUAAGUUUGUAUUUCUAAUAGAAAGUAACAACAGUAGCCGGCUUUUCUGGACAAGCCUCAUUUUACUGUGUUGUAUACGAAUGAAAUUCAAUUAGAAAUUUAGUGCAGAAAGACCGGUUCCGUGUGCGUACGUAUCCCAAGGGUAUGUUCGAAGUUUGACCGGCGGUUGUAUUUAUGUAAAAAUAUAAGGAUUCAAAUUUCAUAAUAUAGUAUUGAUGUUCACUUUACUUUUUCAUUUUUGCGCUGCAUUUAUAAAACGAUAGAUAUGUUGUAAACUCUUUUAUAGAUGUAUGUAUUUUUUUUAUAUUUCUAAAUAAAGGCAACGCCGAAAUUGAUCGUGAGACGAAAAAA